UGGGCUGGGACUGAGGGAAGGGAUCCAGGACUUCUCAUCGUUGAUCAUUGAUGUCCUCCUAGUGGGUACAUGCAGAUCCCAGCAGCAUCAACAGCCAUGGAGAAGCUGCUGUGGUGCUCACUGAUCAUGAUCAGCCUCUCUCAGGCUUUUGUCCAGAAAGACAUGUCUAGAAUGGCCAUCGUAUUUCCCAAAGAGUCAGACAAUUCCUAUGUAACCCUGGAUGCGCUGUCAAAGAAGCCACUGAAAGCCUUCACCGUGUGUCUACAUAUCUACACGGAUAUGAGCACAACCCGCAGCUUCAGUAUUUUCUCUUAUGCUACCAAGAAUAGCUCUAAUGAUAUUCUCAUAUUCUGGACUAAAGAUAAAGGGUAUAUUUUUGGAGUGGGUGGGCCUGAAGUACUAUUCAAGGCUUCUGAAAUUCCUGAAGCUCCAACACACCUCUGUGCUAGCUGGGAGUCUGCUACAGGGAUUGUAGAGCUCUGGGUUGAUGGGAAACCCAAGGUGAGGAAGAGUCUGCAAAAGGGCUACACCGUGGCGACAGAUGCAAGCAUCAUCUUGGGCCAAGAGCAGGACUCGUACGGUGGUACCUUUGAUGCAAAGCAAUCUUUUGUGGGAGACAUUGGAGAUGUGAACAUGUGGGACACUGUGCUAUCUCCAGAACAGAUCAACACAAUAUAUGUUGGCGGAACAUUCAGCCCCAAUGUUUUGAACUGGCAGGCACUGAAAUAUAAAGUACAGGGUGAUGUGGUUAUGAAGCCCCAGCUGUGGUCCUGACCUACUGUUGUGAGCCCUGAGAUACCCCCCGGGAUUACAUUCUCUCCCUUGUCUCCAGUUAUAGACCUUUUAACCCCAACAGAUGCUGUAGUUCUAUUCUGUGAAUAUGGCCUUUCAUUUCCCUGCUCUGCCUUCCUCAGCACCAGAGCAUGGAAUUUAAGUGUAUGGCUUGGCAGCAUGUGCAUCAUACUAGGAAUCCCUACCAAAGAGAAUCUGAAUUACACGUGUUUAUAUGUAUUGAUUUUUUUGAGACAGAAUUUCUUUGUGCAGCAGCCUGAUGUCCUGGAACUUGUGCUAUAGACCAGUCUGGCCUUGAACUCACUCAGAUCCACCUGCCUCUGCCUCCUGGGUGCUGAGAUGAAAGGCCUGUGCCACCACCACUUCACUUGUUUAUAUAUGCUUUUGAUUGAGAGCAUUUUAGAUAAUCCCUCACCCUCACAUAGAUGAGAAAACAGACACACAGAAAGGAGAGUGAAAUUUUUUAUUUGAAUUUUUUGUUUUUAGAAUUUCAAACAUGAAUGCUGUAUUUACUUCAUUUCUAUCCCUUCCUCUCCAAAUCCUACUGUGUCUUGACCCCUUAUUUAUUAGUUUUAUAUGCAUACACAUACAUUGAUACAAUAUCUAUCACCUAUAUCAUCUAUCUAUCUAUCUAUCUAUCUAUCUAUCUAUCUAUCUAUCUAUCUAUCUAUCAUCCUACUGAUUCUGUUUAGUGUUGCAUGUAUGUUGUCAAGGGUUGACCACUUGGGACUGGAUAACCUAUCAGGUGGCACACCCCUGAAGAAAACAGAUUCUCCUUCUCUCAGCAGCCAUUGAUCACCUAUAGCUCUUCAUAUAGUGGUGGGGCCUUGUGAAAUUUCUUCCAUCCAUGUUAACUGGUGUCAUCAUUAUGUGGGUCUUGUUUAGGCAACCCAGAGUGAUGGAGCACUGACUCUACUGUGCUCAGAGUCUAUUCUUUUCUGGAAUAAAAUCUGUAACUGAACUUCCUGGAUCCAUGAAUCAAUAAAGCCACCGUUGGUUUGAAUGAA